AAAAAAAAAAGUCAUGAGAUGGGAAAAUUGGAUACAUGUUUAUACAUUUCCCAAGUGGUUAUAUAGAGAAUACAUAGGAUUAAAAGGUUUCAAUUGUCUUUCUCAGAAAGAAUGAAGUCAGAAUCACUAGUCUCUGCAAAAUGCUUUCUGAUCGUAAAAGUUCUUAUCAGUUUUCCUGUGUCCUGUAACAGGACACCUAGUUCUGCCUGUGUGUUAGCUACAUUUGGGAUGAUAGUUGCAGUCUAGGGGGAUGGGUUCAUAGAACUUUGAUAGAGUCAGUUUCUGGAUAAUUCAUUAAAUAUAAUGAAUAAUUGUGGGUCUGAUUGGUCCAGAUGCUACAGUUUAGUGAACAUUUAUUGUUUAUGUUUGUGUCUGUCUGAUGUACAUUGUAGUUUGUCAUGAAUUGACACAUGAUGAUGGUGGGAUACGAGACUGGAGUAGGAGCAGAAUCUAGAGGCUGAAGACAAACAGAUGAUGUUAGUGGAGUGAGAUUUAUGCUUUACAGUGCAGAGUUACAGUGUGAUUCAGUCCUGACUAAAGCAGCAUAACUACAAGGUUAAGACAUAAGUUAGGUGUAUGCCAGGCUAAAGACACGAGUCUAUAUUCAAGACUUGAACUGUGAGAGUGUGUCUGAGUCCUGAACAUUGCCAGCAAUAUUAUAUUUUUAACUUAGAAAAUGAAUAAUUGUCACCUGGUCUAGAGGAAAAACACCUGUUUUCACUGACUAUUUAAAAAAAAAAAUAAUUAAUGAAUUCAUACAUUUUCAAAUAGUACCUUCAUCUUUGAAAGUGCCUGGUAAAAGUGGACCUUUUUGUUUGUGUCCAAUAGCAGUGAGUCAGUGAAGGACGAUGGCUUCCGCUGAACCGCACUACGACGCACCAGAUGAGCAGGAAGAAGAAAAGCUGAAACACAAGGAAGUCCAGAUGAGCAGCAGCACUCAAUGUGGAGUCGGUGUUCAUGUGAACGCUGAAACAGGAGCAACUGUAAAUGCUCCUUUACUCACUGGAAACACCUUCACAAGCCCAGUGAACUUCAUCUACAACUCUGCAGGAAAUGGUAUCAAUAUAACAGUGCUUACUGAGACACAACUAAUGAAGUUUGUUUUAUGGCAUUAUUGCUAAUGGGCAGACAUGCUUUAGUCUUUUCUUCAGUUUAUCUGUAUAUUUUGCCUUUAAUUUUUGACUUCUCUCCUUUUGUUUCUCCACACAGAGACACAAAAAGCCUCAGAGAGAGAGCCAGAGAAGCAAACAGUAGAUCAAGGCUCAACUGCAGAGGACAGUAAAGCUGCUCAUCAUGAUUACACAGCGACCAGCCGCAGACUGAAGAUCAAAUUAAAACAGGAGUGUGAGCGAAUAUUGGUUGGUAAUUCUCAGAGGGGUCAUCAGAAAUACCUAAACGAUAUUUACACUGAUCUAUAUGUGGUGGAGAAUGAGACUGGAGGAAUAGUCAGUGAGCACGAGGUGAGACAGAUCGAAUUCAAACGAUUUGAUGCCAAGGACACACCGAUCCAGUGCAAUAAUAUUUUUAAAGUUAAUAAUGGUCGACGAAACAGUAAAGUGCUGACGAUGGGCAUCGCAGGGAUAGGAAAAACAGUGUCCAUCAAUAAAUUAAUCCUUGACUGGGCUGAAGGAAAAGAAAAUCAGGAUAUUGACUUAAUUUUUCCGCUUCCGUUCCGUCAGCUAAAUCUGAUCAGAAAUAAUUUCAGUCUAAUGGGACUGCUUCACAAAUACUUCUUUAAUGAUCCUAAAGAACUGCCCUCUCUUCCUGAAGGUGAUGGUAAAAUCAUGUUCAUUUUUGAUGGGCUGGAUGAAUGUCGCUUCCCUUUGAGCUUUAAACAGGAUGACAGAUUUACAGAUGUUCACAAAGAAAAAACAGUGAGUAAAAUGAUUACAAGCUUAAUCAAGAAACAUCUGGUUCCCUCUGCUCUCAUCUGGAUCACAUCCAGACCAGCAGCAGCCAGUCUGAUACCCCGAAACUACAUUGAUCAGGUGACUGAAGUGCGCGGAUUUAACAAUAAACAGAAAGAGCAAUACUUCAACAAAAAUAGCAGUUCUGAGGUUGCUGGGAACAUCAUCCGUCAUAUAAGGAAAUCCAGGAGCCUGUACAUCAUGUGCCACAUCCCCAUUUUCUGCUGGAUCUCUCUCACUGUUCUUAAGCCUCUACUGGCUCAAAAGAGUGAUGAAAAAACUCCCACAACUCUCACAGGGAUGUACACAAACUUCUUACUUACUCAGCAGCAACAGAUGGAGGAAAAAUACAGUUAUGAUCCUGAACCUAAAGCCAAUGCAAGGUCUUUUGAUCAGAUUAUUCUGAAGCUUGGGAAACUGGCCUUUCAACAGCUGGAGAAAGGAAACCUGAUUUUCUACAAAGAAGAUCUUGAGGAAUGUGGACUAGAUGUCAAUGACGAGACUAUAUUCUCUGGGUUAUGCACUCAGAUCUUUCAGGAAGAAAAGGCUAUUUCAGCAAGAAACGUUUACAGCUUCAUACAUCUCAGCAUCCAGGAAUUCCUUGCUGCUUUUUAUGUGUUUUUGAUUAUCAACAAGGCUGUGCAAAGUGAGAACGGACACCUGGACCUUUUCCUCCGGUUUCUUCUGGGUCUCUCACAGGAGUCCAAUCAGAGUGACCUGAAGCAACUACUGCCAAAACUGACACUGAAAAGAGAGAAUGUUGAAGACACUGUUGACUAUAUUAAACAGACAAUAGAGACAGAGAAAUCAGUAGAGAGGACCAUCAAUCUCUUCCACUGUCUGAGUGAACUGAAAGAUAACUUUGUGGAGGAAAUCCAGAAGAAUCUGAGCUCAGGAAAUCUUACAGCACAGAAUCUCUCCUCUGCUCAGUGGUCUGCUCUGGUGUUUGUGCUCCUCAUGUCAGAAGAGACUCAAGAGAUGUUUGAACUGCAGAAAUACAGACGAUCUGAUGAAGCACUGAUCAAACUGCUGCCAGUGAUCAAAAACACCAGAAGAGCACUGUAA